AUGGCAACCGACGAAGCAAUCGCAGCCGGUCUCAUCGACUGGGUCAAUAGUCUCUCUGUUGCGGAACCCGUCUAUACGGUGGAUGACUUGAGCAAUGGGGAUAUAGUCUGGAAAGUUCUUCAACAGAUUGAUCGGUUCAGCUUUCCUGGCAAGUUACCAGAAAGCCCCGACACAGAGCAAUGGAUACACAAAUGGACAAACCUCAAACAUAUUUACGAUGCGCUUUCUAUCUUUCUCACCGAAGAAUGCGGUCAGAGACUCCCCUUCCCGAAUGGCCGACCUGAUCUCAAAGCUAUCGCCCAGUCGUCCUCUCUUACCGAUACGAUCGCCCUGUUGAAAUUGCUCGUUGUUGCGGCCAUCAACUGCGCAGACCGCAUUGAAUACUUGAAGCAGAUGCAAGAGUUGACCGAAAAUACCCAAGAGGUUCUCAUGCAGACUGUUCAAGAAGCGGGUGAGGAUGAAAGCGGGACAGAUGAAGCCGAUCUCGCAGAUGUAGGCAUAGCAGCAAACCAUGAUGAGAUACCCACGUCGCCACGUCGGUCUGGAGAGAUGGAAUCUGUGUUGGAAUCAGAAGAACGCCUGGGUAAAGUGAUUGCUGAUAAUCAAAGGAUAGCACACGAAAAGAGGGAGCUACAGAGACAACUAGAUGAGCAUCAUAUGCGGUAUGAGAAGUUACAGGAACGUUUUGAUCAGGUCCAGGACGAGUUGAAAGAGACCGGUGACCGGCUUACGGCGGUUCUUGCGGGUCGAUCGGACUCCUCGACGAGGCCACUAGAUUCGAAGCACGACACUCUCAUUGCUACCCUCGAGAAUCGAGUACUAGAAGCGGAAGCGGAAGCAGAGGACCUUCGCAAGUCUAAUGAAGUGCUGAAGAUCAAGUCUGAAAAGGCGCAGAAACUACAGGACGACUAUGAUGAAAUGAAGAUUGACCGAGAUAAACUAGCCCGCAAAGCUAAUACGGCAGAAAAGUAUCGACAAAAACUAGAGGCCAGUCAAGAUCUCGAAAAGGAAAAUGCAUCCCUCCGGACAAAAGUCACAGAACUGCAAAGUCAGCUUAAGCAGUCAGAUUUUGCUCGUGCAAGUUCAGGUGACCUCGCAAGGGAGGUUGAUGAAUACAGGCGACUGCUACCAAGCAUUGAGCAGGAACGGUACGAAUUAAAUGAGAUGAAGAAACGCCUAGAGUUCGACUACCACACUCUGGAGGCACGCUAUCACGACACUGCGGAACAGUUAUCUCGACGGCAAAGGGAAGUCGAGGAAUUGCAGAGUCGGCUUCAGGAUUACGACGAUGGCAUUGCUCCUAGCGCAAAAGACCGGUUUUCGAUGAACCCAAUCGACACAGACAUUGAAAAGGAAGAGGCGGAGUUUCAAGAGACUGAAGCUCGACUUGCAGCUGUCCUGCUUAAUGGUGACGCUUCUCCUGCGCCUCCUGAGGAUUCCAGCCUUACGCUUCCGCUUCCGCUUGAGACAAGUUCUGCUUCUGGACUCGACAUCGACCUUACCAACGACGUAGAAGGUGUCACUGAGGACGAACUCAAGGCCAUCAUGGCUGCGAUGCGAGCCCAGGCACAGGCAGGCACGGCAACAGAGAGAGAGUCGUCUCUUCGUGCACAGAAAAAACUCAUCGUCACUGUUGAGCGUCAGAGGAAUAGAAACAAAACUCUACUCGAGCAUGUACAGAAACAGGACCAGAUGAUCAAGGACAUGCAGAAGCAAAUCGCCGAGGAGCAGAGCGAUCAAAAACGAAAGGAAGACGUACCUCCCACUCCACCACCAAAGGACGAUGCUUCCCCUGCACCUAACCGUCGAGUCGAGCCAGGGGACGAAGAAACAGAAAUUGAGCGUCUCACGAAUCAUAAUACGAUUCUUCAGCGUGAACUCAGACUCGUGGCUUCAGCUUGGCAUGAGCAAAACGUUCGGCUGGCUAGCAUGAGCUCGGCUGCGUCGGGGCGAAGUCGAGUUUUUGGUGGUGGAAAUGAGCCUAGAGGGUUUCUGGGUCGACAGAGGCGCAAAGUCGAUGCUGUCGCAUUCGGUCGAUGA